CAGCCGCAGGCAUGCGGAUCUCGUGCGCGCAAACACGCGGGUCCGGUCCCGCGCAGAGGCGUGUGGCGCAGCGCGCGCGCGCGCCUGUGUAAACGGAAGGCGCGCGAAGACGCAGCACGCUUGGCUCACGUGAGCUGCGCGCAAAUGAAACGUGCAACCUAUGUCGCCGUUGCCGUCGAGCGGUCGCGCGCGUGCUCGCUCAUUGUUUUUUUCGCGUCUAUUGUCGUCGUCAGCUGUGGGGCGACGACUGCGUCUCUGUGUGUGAUAGGAGGAGGAGAAGAAGUUGAACGCGGAAUAAAAAUAAGCGAAAAAACGCGGGAGGAGCCGGCGUCGGCAAAGGGGGACGAAAUGCACGUCGGACGACGGAAGGGCAGCGCGCAGGCAGAGCGCGCGGGGCCCUCGCCGCCUCCUCACAACAGCGACAACAGCGCUGCGCGGUGCUGGCGAUGACGACAAGCGGGAGAAAGGUCACUUCCUCCUGGCCGACGCGUGCACAUGGCCUUCGUUGAGUGAAGGAGCGAGCGAGCUUUGCUUGCCCGCGGAGUCGGUGGUGAGACGACCUGGUCGUGUGCGAUCGCCGGGUUUUCCAGUGCACCUGUGAAGUGCGUGCGCGUGAAUCUGCCGAACAGUGCGUCUUCGAGGGGCUGCACGAACACUAUAGGUCUGUGCUGCGCAACCACGGCUACAAAGCCCCGAUCGUGGGAAUAAAACAAGAAAAGAAGAAGAAAAAAGAAAGUGUGUGCGUCGGUCGGCAGCAGUAGCAGUGAGUUCGUUGCAACGAAGCCUGCGGUCUUUGCGAAGCCGGCGUUGUUGUGUGAGCGGAGUUUGUUUUGAGUCUGCGGCCCUGACGGUUGCGUCGGCGCAGUAAUAUUACAUAAGCCAGCCACACGUGACGGUUCCGCAUGACCCAGCUGCCGGGAGUGCCGUUUUGCUCGGACCCGUCCAAGGCUGGCGGCGGUGAACUACAUUCGGCGGCAGGAAGCGCCUCCAGGCGGCAGAGGAAGGAGGUCGUCGUGCGGCGACAGGGGUUGGCCCGGCGGCUGGCCCCGUUCAUGUAGCGGCGGGCCCAUGGCUGGUGUCCGGCUCGGGGCGCUGCUGCGCGCUGCGCCUCCGCUCCUGCUGCUGCUCCUGGCGCUGGGACCGGCGCCGGCGCUGGGCCGAAGCGCCGCCGCACCCGUCGCCCACCACGACUGGCCGCCCGAGCGCAUUUCAGCGUUGGUGAAGCGGAGUGCCACGCAGCUGGCCCCGUAUCCGGCCAGCCGUUACUCUAGGAACCCAAAUCGCACGAUAUGUGGCCACAUCGAGGUGCGCAACUGGGUGAGCAGCCUAGUGGCACAGUUGGGCAACUGCUCAGUGGUGGAAGGCUCACUCAUGGUCAUGCUGACGCGUCCGAACGAAGUCUGGGCAAACGUGAGCUUCCCCCACCUGACGGAGAUCACAGGAUUCCUGUUCUUCUACCGAGCCAUGGGACUUCAGUCGCUGGGACGGCUGUUCCCAAACCUGGCUGUCAUCCGGGGAAAUCAGCUGUUUGAGAAUUAUGCCCUGGUAGUAUACGAAGUGGAGUCGCUGGUGGAGCUGGGGCUGUCGCGGCUGACGGACAUCCAGAGGGGGGCUGUGCGCAUUGAGAAGAAUCCCAACCUGUGCCACGCAAAUACGGUGGACUGGAACCGGAUAGCUCCACACGCGGCUGACGUCCACCACAUUGUGGACAACCGGGACCCCACGGAGUGCACGCCCUGUCCCGAGCACUGCCCCUUCAGAGAUGGUCGGGUGGGCGUGGGCAGCCGCCUCUGCUGGAACCGUGAGCGGUGUCAGAAAGUGUGCCCUUCGAUUUGCGACCGGAACCACACCACCUGUGACAAUGAGGCUGGCACGCGCUGCUGCGACCCCAAGUGCCUUGGAGGCUGUGGUGCUGGCUCAGAACGGGAGCUGUCAGUCUGCACAGCCUGCCUACACUAUACCUAUGAGAAUGGCUGUGUCAACACCUGUCCACCAAAUACUUAUGUGUUCAUGGGACGCCGCUGUGUAGAUGAGGCAUACUGUCGACGCCAAGAGGCGACAGUGGAAGGCACCAUCUGGACCUUCAUUCCCUUCAAUGGUUCCUGUACGCUUGAGUGCCCACCCAACUAUGUCCGUGAGGGCCAAACAUGUCGCCAAUGCCACGGAAUUUGUCCCAAAGUGUGCUCGAGUUUUCUGGUUGACAGCAUUUCAUCUGCCCAGAAGCUCAAGGGGUGCACGUACAUCAACGGGUCACUGGUCAUCCAGAUUCGAGGAGGAGGGAACAUAAUGAGGGAACUGGAGGCCAAUUUGGAUAUGAUAGAGGAGAUCAGAGACUACCUCAAGGUCACACGAUCAAACCAACUCAUCUCCCUGAACUUUCUGAAGAACCUUCGGAUCAUCCACGGCAAGGCGCUUGACCGAACAUACUACUCUCUCAUCGUCCUGGACAACCAGAACCUGCAGCUGCUCUGGGACUGGUCAAGUCGGCCACCCAAUCGCACGCUCACCCUGAGCCGCGGCAAGGUGUUCUUUCACAUCAAUCCCAAGCUGUGCAUGAGUGAAAUUGUGGAGCUGAAGAACCACACGACCAUCACGGGGUGGAGCGACCACGACGUAUCACCACACACCAACGGAGACCGGGCAGCAUGUGAUGUUCACAAGAUCAAUGCCACACUUAGAAAAGUGGGCAACAAGUUUGCUGUCAUCAAUUGGUCCCUCCAAUUCGAGCAAGAGAUCUAUGACAAACGGUCUCUUCUUGGCUACGUGGUGUACUAUCGCGAGGCCCCGUUCCAAAACGUCACCCUCUAUGAUGGUCGGGAUGCUUGCAAAGGAGAUGUGUGGAAGAUGGUUGAUGCAGACGUAGGUGUUGAUGUUCAGAUCAUUGCACACCUCAAGCCAUUCACACAGUACGCUGUCUAUGUCAAGGCCUACACGCUGUUCACAACAACCUCAACACAAGGAGCACAGAGCGAAAUCUUUUACUUCAAGACCCUUCCUGCAUCUCCAAGCCAGCCACAGGACUUAAAAGCACAUCCUGCUAAAGACUCGAAACUGCUCAUCAGCUGGGUACCGCCAAAGUACCCUAAUGGGGACGUCCGGUACUACCGGGUGGUGGGCAUAGCCCAGCCCAGUGCUCCUCAACACCAGUACUUGGGCGAGAGCCGAGACUACUGCAUUGACCCGGCUCUGGGAAUUCGAGGCAAGCCAGAUGGUAAAGAUCCACUAGCCCCUACACCAUCAGAGCCUGCUGACAAGCCAGCAGUGAAGCCAAUCGACAGUUCACUUCCAAAGCCACCAUCGAGUGACACCUGUCCACCUUGCCCAAGUGCGCGGGACCGUGAGGUCAAUGAAGAAGAAGUUGAGGAGCGGACAAGCUUUGAGGACGCCGUACACAACGCCGUCUUCCUGAGAAGGCCAAAGAAGGACUCGGAACAGACCAGCACAGGAGAACGACACAAGCGCUCCUACCUGCAAGGUGGAAGUGAGGCAGGGCGGGACAACGUCCUGGAGGGGGAGAGUGCGCACACUGUAGAAAUCACCACUUCUCCAGCACCGCUGUCCCUGCCCUCCUCAGCUCUUCCACCGACUCCCUUCAGCCUGCCUUCUGCUACAGCUGGCAGUGGAAGUGGAGGCUCCUCUGUCAAGGACAUGCUGGAUGUCUUCGACGCGUGCAGUUCAUCUAGCGGCAACGCAUCCUCUGCAGAACACCACUUUUGUUCCUGGGUGUCGAAUCAGACGCAGAUGCUGCAAGAAGGACUGCAUCACUUCACGGAGUACUCAAUACGGGUCCUUGCGUGUCACAAGAAGUUGCUGAGCCGGGUCAAGCACCCUCUGUACGAUUGCGAGACUGAUGCUAAGUUUGAAAAUGAGCCUAUGUGCUGUAGUGUCGAGUCCCUCACACAGAUUCGCACACUUCCUCUGGCUGACGCAGACGACAUCGACAGCUCUUCAGUCGUGGUGCAGUACGAGAACACCACCUCCUCUGACGGAAGCGCCGGCGGACUUUUUGUCAAGUGGGCACGACCACCGGACCCCAAUGGUUUCAUUGUGUCUUACCAAGUGGAGUACAAAAUGGUCAACCAAGAAAAGUUCAAGCCGUUCCAGUUUUGCGUCUCCCACAGUGAAUUCUUAAGACACGGUGGGCGCGUUAUUCAUGGUCUGGCACCAGGUAACUACUCCUUCCGUGUGAUGGCGUCAUCGCUGGCUGGACCUGGAAACUGGACGCAUCCAGUUUACUUCGUCAUUGCUGAACGCACGGAAGUCAUCUCUCAGGGAGCCAUUAUUGCCAUCUGCCUCGUGGUCGUGGCCAUCGUAGCCGCAGCUGCUGCUGUCAUGUGCUUCAUCUACCAGAAGAAAAAACGAAACCCAGAGGUUCCCAAUGGGCUUCUUUACUCUUCGACAAAUCCGGAGUAUGUCAGCUCAGUGUAUGAACCCGAUGAAUGGGAAGUGCCUCGCGAGUCCAUUCAGGUGGUGAAAGCACUGGGCCAGGGCUCCUUUGGCAUGGUCUACGAAGGAAUUAUCUACAACUUGAAACCAGACAAACCAGAAACGAGGUGUGCCAUAAAGACGGUCAAUGAAAGUGCCACGAUGCGUGAACGAAUAGAAUUCCUCCAGGAGGCAUCUGUGAUGAAGGCCUUCUGUUGCCAGCACGUCGUCAGACUACUAGGCGUGGUGUCUAAAGACCAGCCUGUGUUUGUCAUAAUGGAACUCAUGUCCCACGGUGACCUGAAGAGCUACCUACGCUCACACAGGCCAGACAAUGAUCCUAAUGACGAGACCACUCGACCGCGAGGCACUCCUCCCACGCUCAAGCAGAUCCUCCAGAUGGCAGCCGAGAUAGCCGACGGCAUGGCGUACCUGACAGCGAACAAGUUUGUGCACCGGGAUUUGGCUGCUCGCAACUGCAUGGUGGCGGAGGAUCUGACCGUCAAGAUUGGAGACUUUGGCAUGACACGAGACAUCUACGAGACGGACUACUACAGAAAGGGGGGCAAGGGCCUGCUUCCUGUGCGCUGGAUGGCUCCUGAAUCGCUCAAGGAUGGAAUCUUCACCAGCCACUCGGAUGUCUGGUCAUACGGAGUUGUGCUGUGGGAAAUGGCGACAUUGGCCUCCCAGCCUUACCAAGGUUUGUCUAAUGAGCAGGUUCUAAAGUAUGUCAUCAGCGGUGGCAUCAUGGAGAAGCCAGAAAACUGCCCUGAGAAACUGUAUCAGAUCAUGAAGCUGUGCUGGGAGCGAAUCCCAAGGUCAAGACCAAACUUUCUGCAAGUCAUUGAGAUGCUCCUGAAUGAUGUGGGACCCCACUUCAAGGACGUGUCCUUCUACCAUACUUGCUACCUCAAAAACCAGGAGAGGUGCUCGUCUGUGCCCACGGAAAAGAAUGGUGCUGGCGCCACUGCUGGUGACUUUGACGAGGAAGAGGAGGAAGAGAACCUAACAGCAGAGACUCCACUCUGCAACGCUCCCGCUGCCACUUCAGAGCAGCGGCCUCGUGGCUUCAUGCCAGAUGUGUCAUCGCUCAACGACAUGGAUGAAGACCACCUGCAACGUUGCUUCUCUGACGAGAUAGAAGACGACGAUGAUCCCGACAUGGAUGCUGCUGAUCUAGCCUUGGAUGCUGGUGAGCCACCUGUGUCAGUGUACAUGCCACCAUCGCGUGGUGGACAGAAUUCUCCGCUUCGUGAGGAGCAUCAGCAGCGACCAGGUGACGAGCUCCCUCCCUCUGAUGGGAGCAAAGGGAGUAAGGUGAGCAACCUGUCCAAUGGGAGCAUUGUGAAUGGACGCAUGUGCUUUCCGCAGCUUGGAAGCCGGACUACUGCGUGCUAGCACUGGUCCACCUGAGGGCUCUGAGGGUCCCAGGGGUUUUCUGCGACACAGUGGGCGUGCCAGGUGGCUGAUGGGGGGUGAGAGGGGUUCCUCCCAUAGGGAGGCGCAUUGCGCCAUCCCUCGCCUUCUGCUGUCACCAUUGUUCCUGUUUGUUCGCCAUGUGGGGUGGCGUGAUUCUCUUGGGCACCACCUGGGUGUAGCAUCCAUCAGCCAGUCCACAUGACAAGGGCCAUCACACUGGCAGAGGAGGAGGCCUGACAGAGUGCACUGUGUUUGUGUUGGCCCUCAUGCAACUCACCCGCUGCUGUGAGGUAUUUCUAGUAGCACACUUACUUAAUGCUGCUAAAAAAACAAACUGCGGAAAUGCAUUUUUAGCAUUCCGGGUGAUGGCACUGCACGUGAAGGUAGAGUCCAUGGCUUUUCUGCAGUUCUUGUGUGCCUCUUGGGAGAGUCUGGGUCACUGUUGACCGAUAGGGGCUGUCCUGAGUGUGUCAUGCUUGAGGGCUGGACAGCUGCUGUUGAAAACCACAUUAGUCCCAACCAUGUUGAUGAAAGUGUAGCUGCGCAUGAUUUUCUUCAGAACGCCACUGUGAGAGUUGCGCAGGCCUUCUCAGCAGGCCUGUAGCACUUAUUCUAGCACAUGAAACUGUCAGUUUAAGGAUCACUGCUUAGAUAAUUGCCUCAUUUGCUUUGUCAUCAGCACAGAGGUGCGGUGAGCCCCGAUCAUUGUUUAGAUGGAAGGUGUCGCCAUUGCUGCGGUCAUGGUCCACUGUGUGUUCUGGAUGUGUUAUGCAUGUUUCCAGUGAACACAAGACGCGGAAUGCCUGCCAUGUAUCGUGAGAGACGUCUGUCGAAUUGCAGUUCAUCAUACAGCCUGAUAUUUGAGCUGUAGCGGCAGUAACAUUAGCAAGUCGCUGCCUAGCCAUUCUGAUUGUCAAUUUGUAACAGCACGCCGCGUUGCGGUGAUAAACAGUUCAAAGACAUCAUUGUAGCCUUUUAUUGUAGCAGGAAGUGUGUGAGGAUCUUUUAUGUGAUCGGGCAUUUCCAGCUAACUUGAGUUGUGUAUAAGCUUGCAUAGUCUUAAGGGUGGUUUAGAGAAAUGCCCAUCACGGCAUAUUUUGUGCUAGCAAACAAGGCCGCAGUUGCACUGACCAUUGCUUCUAGGGGGGGAAAAAAUAAGCCUGUAUUCAAUGCACAGGCGGCUUUAGAAAUGGGUACUGAAGUUUUCCCUUCAGAAGUGCAAGAGAUUUCACGAUCAAAGGAAGCCUGUCAGGCUGGCACCUCCAGCACUCAAGCACUGUCAAUCUUGCUUAGUGAAAGUGGCCAUGUCGUCACUGCACAAUAGCCACGAGGUCAACACUUUGUUGACAGGAGCACCAGAGCAACCCUCUUUUAAAAAGACUGAAAAGCAGCAUCUUUUGCUUUUGUGGUCAUCAUAGUCAUCCUAGAACUUUACUUUUGAAGGUGGCGGUUUUAGCCUUCAGGUAUUUUGAUUACCUGCUUUCGGUAGGGCCUAGCUCAUCAUUUCUUUACUCUUCAUGACAUGUCCAUUUAGGCUAAAUUGUCGUCUCAGGGAGUAUUGCAUUGCCACGACUGUGCAUCAUGUAAAAACAAUGCUGCAUGCAGCCUUGAGACGUCGGCUAGUACAAGUAUGUUUUCCUGCAGUUACUCUCAAAAGAUAAUUCUAUUACUUUGUGUUAUCGCUGAACAAAUGUAUUUAGGGUCACUGCGUACACAUUAAGUAGCACUUCUGCACUCAAUCUGCUUUGGAAAUUGCUCCAUUUCAUUCAUAUGCACUAGCCAUGCAUAUGUAUUUCACUUCCCUGCUUUAAUAUCAAGGCAUUUUGUUUGGAGAGGAAGGGGUUAGGGUAACAGCACAAGGUAUACAAGCGGGUAUGCAUCUGCAUAUGGCAGAAAAGUCAUCUUUUACCCAAAUCAUUGUUUUCCACUUUUUUUUUUAAAUUUCUUCCACAUGCUACUGUCUGGUGCUUCAUCAUGCCACCAGCUCUUUUGUUUUUAAGUAUUUUAUUCCACGAUCAUCACCACAUCUAGUCACAUCUUUUGCCUCUUCCUUUGUUUGUACGUAAUUGUGUAAGAUAGUUUCACUGAGCACAGGCGCCUUUGACAUCACGUCACAGGCCUUAAAACCAUUUAUAUAGGGAGUACAAUUUUCACUUAGCUGCAGUAGAGAAUGAAUGAGGGGCAGGCCCCAUAGCAAUUUUCUUAACACCUGUGAAUUCAAUCUCCAGCCUCAGUUGCCCUUCUCUGUGGCAAGAUUAUGCUCCUACAAAAUUCAGCUUGCUGUCAUGCCAAUGAUGCUCAUGUUUGUGUUUCCAUUCUCUUCCAUUUUCUUGUUGCAUCUGCUUUUGGCUCUUCGUUCGUGUUCAGUCUGCUCAGUGACUGAAUGUAGCGUGAGCUCUUUUUUUUUUCCCCCUUUCUUGGUGACACAUUUUGUAUUGGUGUUGUCAGUGCAACUGCAGCUUCACGUUUGUGGUCAAGCGCCUGAACCUUUCCUCGCCCCAUAAGCUUCCUUUACCUCCGGCUAUCAAGUUGCAUUGAAAUUAUUAACCUUGCGUUGGUCAUCAACAUUUGUCAUGGCGCACAUGAUAGCUAAGUAAUUUGAACACUUCUGUAACCGUGCAUGAAACUAGCGGUUGUGUUGCAGCACGAUUGGUGACUGUUGCAUCUCCUGCGCCACCCAGUAUCACUCCAGCGCUCUUGUCAUGUGCCUAGCUGUGUGCACCGCAGCCGUUGCGUGUUGUUGCAAACUAGCGAUACAGAUGUGGGGGUGCAGUCAAUUGGCAGUGGCAGAACGACAUUGCUUUCCAUACGGGUGUUUUAUUACCUUCACUUUUGUUUGUUUGUUUAUUCAUGUUGCUUUACCAUGGUUUUGUUGUUCCAGUUGCCUUUAUCACUUUUUUUUUCUUAUUUUAUGCCUUUGCAUGUUCCCCCCCCCCCCCUUGUGUCAUCCUUUUUUUUCUGUUGCUGACUUGUCAUAUUAUUCGUGUUUAUUUCUAGUAAUGUGAACUGUCAUGAAAGGCUGGUGAAAACAGAAAGUGCAUGUACCCACUCAUGUUGUGUUGCUCUUUGGGAGUAUUUGUGCCCUUAUGUUUUUUUGUGGUCUUCAUUAUUUAAGUGUCUCGAAGGCAUCUUCUCUCUUUGUCACCCUUUGCCCUCCUUCCUCCCAUUUGUGCGUGCGAUGGUGCCAAAGAUGGUGGUGAGAAAACAGUGCUCACUGGAAGGAAAACAGCGUCUCAAGCUUUGGUUCGCUUGUAGUACCUUCAUACGCUUGCCUGUACUCUCAUGCUGUGGCUGUGAUGCCUUAAGUUUGCUUCACACCUCCAUACAUGUUUCUUUCUUUCUUCUCUCUCUCUAGUUGCAUGCGUCUUGCAAAGCUUUCAUACUAUCACAGUUUCAUGCUAUUACAUCAUGCUCCCUGCCCUCAAGGCUAUUUGUGGUGUGAGUUGCACCACUGGCAUAUGCAGUGUCAGCCAGGUCUGGGAUUGCCCCGACUGUCAUAUUCAAUGCAGGAAGUGACCACCAGAAAUGUGUUUUUGACUAAAUUUAAGGUGUUGCACAUCACUUGGAGGCACCUUCUUCGCACCCUUAUGAAAUUUGGAUUUGUACAUAGGAGGCCAUCGUCACCAUUAACGGUUUUUGCACAUUGUGCUGUCUAAAGGAAAAAAUAAUUAAGGCUAACCUGAGGCCCCUUGCCAUCUGAAAAUUGAGGCAUAGCGCAUGUUGUGUGCGGCCAUGUGGGAAAGGAGUUGCAAUCAUAUUUCACAUUGGUUUUAUACUUUUACCCUUUCUUGGGUGUCCUCUAGGAGCACUUCUAGUGUUUCACUUAGUUUAGAGAUGGUCUCUUCAUCUUAGUCUCUUCAUCUUAGCUAGUUGUAGAAAUUUUGGCCUAGUACAUGCUUUACAUAGAAGUUGAGCUUUAUGUUAAUUUUGCUGAGAUCGUUAUCUCAUGAGAUGACUUCCCGAAAAAUUUCACUGGCAUCUGAUUGCUCCAACUGUACUCUCUCUCUCUUGGUCUUAUCUCUCGAAAGUCACAUGCGGAUAAAUGCAUUAUCAUGGGCAUCAUGCCAUUGAUUGUGCAUAUUGACUAAAACAGAAUUUCAAGCAAAAUAAAAGGGAUGGCCUGCUGACCAUAUUUUAGAGCUGUACAGUCGGCAUCACCCUUGUAUAGAGCGUGGGAACGGCGGCCUUCGGGGCACUCCUGGGGACCUGACAUCUUACGGUAGCUGCUGGGUUCGUUCGGGCCCAGCAACUACCGUUAGAUGUUGCUGGUUGGCUCCCGAGUGCCCCAGCAGCCAUCAUUCCUGCACUCUACAUGAGGGUGUCACCGACUGUACAUUGGGUAAAACUUCAUUGCCGACUGCUAGAACAAAAACCAUCAUCACCCAUUCCACUGUAUGUUCAAAUUUGCUUCCCAUCAAUUUAAUGUUGCAUUUUUUUUCAUUGUGUUGUUGCUUUUAAAUUGAUGCACUCAGUGGCCUAAAGAUCAUAGAGACAACUUCCCCAAACAGCCUCAUCGCAGCACGUGGUGCCACUUGCAGAAUGUUGUCUUGACUCACAACAGGUUGGACAAGAUGCCACCUUCCCUCACCCACCCGUGACAUUACAUACUGUGGUAAAAAGCUUGCUUGUCUAUGUCUAUGGACUUGGCUAUUUACUAUGGACCUUUUUGUAGCUUACAACUUCCUCGACUAGAUAGAACGACUUGAUGCACUUCUUCCUUUGUGGUCCAUUGAUUUCCACUGUUUAUUUUGAAAAUUUUUCAUCUUUCUUUUUCUUUUUUCUUUCUUUUUUACAUAUCAUUUUUCCCUGACUGAGGUUUACUUUCAAGCAAGCUGUGUUCCUAAAUGAUGCCGGUUUGUGUUGGGAUCCGUCAAGUCAAGGUACAUUCCAAACAUGGUGGACGUUUACUGUGUUUUUUUUUUCUGGUAUUUUGGAGGCAGGCCUGUUUGAACUGGUGAAACUUUGACAACCAUCACUAUUAUUGUAUAGACAAGUUGAAUGGCUGCAUAUGCUGAGUGAAAAUCUUGGUCCACCUUUACAUGAAGCAAAAAGGCAAAUGCUCUGUUUUCUUUCUACAGUUAAAAUGGCAGCAAAAUUGUGGCUAAUCUCUCUCUCUUCUUCUUUUUUGGGUAGUGCGUCUUAUCGUGCAAUGCCCUUGUUUCACUGCUAGCUUUUUUUUAUUCUAUAUUGUUUAGACGUAAUUCUUGGAAUUCAUUAUAUAUAACAAUUCAUGCAAGGCACUGCUUCAGUCUCCUCAUUGCAGUCAGCCCCUGAAAGUUCAGUUUCUAGGAAACUAUCUGCUCAUCACUUUCUUAAGAUUCAACACAUGAAUUUGUAGUCUAGGUAAAAGACCUCAUUCACUUUACUGCUACCUUAGGUGCCUUAGUUUUAAUUCAAGUGGUACUGAUCUCUUCAUGCUUUAUAGCCUAUCUUAUUGUGCAGACUUAUUUUAAUUUCAUUUUAGUUGCAGUGCAUUGUAUAAUCAUACUACAAUCAAAAACAUGCACUUCAUUUAUUUGGCUUUUUUAUGUCGGCACAUUCUUUUUGUUGAAAAACAAACCUAGCUUUCAACAAAAUAUACUUCUAUUGAAUAUUCAGAGGUGAGCUGCAAUCUUGGCAUGCAUCAGGUUAUGCUUGUAUGAAAGGGAAAGAGUCAUCAUGGCCACAUCUCAUGACAUCCUUCAAACUUAAAUAUGGACUCUGGUUUCUGCCAUUGCUAUUGCUUUUUCUCUUCAAGUUAAGAUUUUUCUGGUGCAUCUGUUGUGUACUGCACUGCCCGGGCUGACCCUUGUGAAGCAAUGACUGUCAAUUAACCCUGUCAGUCCAUUUCGUGUGCUCAUUGGUAGUUAAUAUUUGUGUUCAUACAUGUACACAAGGUGCAUAUUGUGUCCGCAUCACACACAGACACGUGUGCACACACAUACGUGUGCACACGCACACAUUUUUUUGCUUUCAUCCCAGCGUUAUCAACAUUGCAACAUAAUCCCACUGGGCAGCAAAGCAGUGCAUAAUGUCAUCCACAGAACAAAUAUACAUCAUUCUCUAGCAUGCUUCUCGAGACAUAUGGAGUUGUGCACUGUACGGGGUCUAUCAACGCCUGGCUACUUGGCCAACUUGCACCUAUUUGCUCACAUUAUUUUUUCUCUCUCUUUUUGGUGAAUGCCUUCACAUUUGCAACAUGAGCAAUGCGCAAGGCAUUUUUGCAUUCUGCUGGACAGGAAGCUGCAUCCUUUUCACGCUGUUCUUGUUCACAGCAACUUGUGCUUCAUCGCAUGGCAUCGCCAAGAGCGUGAGAGAGGAAGAGCAUAAUGUGGUGAAGGUGGCAUCAUCUCCCAUUUUUACAUUUAAUAUGCCAGGCUCUCUAAAAAGCUUCAGUGCUUUUUUUCCCUUUCCCCUUUCUUUUUAUUCGUGUGAAACACCUGUAGCACAAAGAGUCUAGCUGUUCAGAUCUGCCACUUGCUCAGUGCUAUGAACACACUACAUAUGUGGAAAUCCAAUGCCUUUGCGUAGCAGCUCGAACGAGGUGACAAGACUGUUGGAAACCGUAGCAGAAUUAGAGGCCAUUGGCGUUUUGGAGUUCAUACACUAUCUGGCCACACGUGUCUGGUGUUGUCUGCAGUGCUGCUUUGCUAUUUCCGUGGUAAUCGAGGUGGAUGUCAGUGCAAACGCUCUAUGCUAUGCGAGUGCGUGCAUGUCAAAUGUACUUAAAAAAAAAUGGCAUGUGUAUCUAUAUGCCAGGGAGGUUGAAGCAUGUGCAAGUUUGAACACACUUGUGAGAGACGCUGUGUGAACGUAAAUUCUAGGGAAAAUGCGACGGCUUAAGUAUCUAGGACAGCAUUAAUUCAAACAACUGCGGGGUGAAUUUAUGCACUCCUUUUUGUGACAGCUCUGUAUACAUGCACUGAUCCCUUAUUCGCAAUUUGUGGUUAGCAAACUUUAGGCAGCCACUGGGUACUGGUGAGUCACAUCCCCUCCAUUUUUUCCUAGUUUUUUUUUUCUUUUUCCUGACAGACAUCUUGGCACUUACAUGUACAUUUCUUACCAUGAUCCAUUCUUACUUUUUAAUGACAGAAGAAGUGUAUUUGUGCAGCGUGCAUUUUUAAAAGAGAAGGAUGCUUUCCCCGCCAGUGGCUCUUGCACUCUUGUUUUUCUCUGUCCUUGUGAUGUAUAUAGUUUGUAUUUAUUUCAGCUGAAGCAGCUGUGGAAAUGUGUGUGUGACAAUGUUUCUCACUUUUCUUGUAUUGCCUUAUCUCUUUCCCUCCUUCCACUUAUUCGAGGCAACCCCUCCUCUGACAUGUGUGUACAUAUGUAAGAUAGGACACUGCAUCAUCUUGUGUUGGUAUGGCGACAUUAUACCAUUAUGUGUAAAUAUAUACAUAUGUAUUGUAUAUGGGGGUCAUUGACCCAAUUUGGACUUCAGUGCCAAUAUUAUGCGUCAUAAUAAACCAUUAUUUAUUUCUA